CGCCGCCGCCGCUUCCGGGUCUGUCCCAAGGUGGGGGCGGGGGCUGUCGCGUCAUCCACGUUGGCCCCGCCCCUCAGCACCUGGCCCCGCCCCGCCGCCGGGCGCGCGGAGGGGCCUGCGGAACCGCCCAGAAAGUGUGUCCACGUCGACGUGCACGCAAUUGCUGGGAGGGCACGCCCCGAAAACUCUCCCUCCUCGUGACACAGAUGUGAGCACAGACACACGCUUCUCCUGCUUGUGUGCAGCAGGGGGCGAGUGGCCUCGCAGGGUGACAGCGCCUUAAUCUUCCUGGGCAAGGUACCACUCAGUCUGCAAUUGCUCUGUACCUGCGGGGCCACAAUCCCACGAUCCGUGCGCUCUGGGUCUGUGGCUAUACCUUCAGUAUGCCAGAGUUUAGCAGAAUCCGGGAGCAUCUAAUAAACUCUGGAGGAGGCCUAGAAUGGUCCCUGAGUGACCCAAAUAGUAACAGCUCGACUGCUAAUUGAAAGGUUGGUGGCUGGAGCACGUCUAGCUACACCGUGGAAGACAGGCCUGGCGAUCUGCUUCGGUUAAGAUUUGUUGUUGCUUGUUGCCCUUGCGUGGAUUCCGACUCAUGGCGAACCCAUGCUUGCAGACUAGAACUGCUCUGUAGAGUUUUCAAGGCUGUGACCUUCCAGAAGCAGACUGCCAGGCCUGUCUUCUGGAGCCCUGGUGCACAGUGGUUAAGAGCUCGGCUGCAAACCAAAAGGUCGGCAGUUGGAAUCCACCAGCCACUCCUUGGAAGCCCUGUGGGGCAGUUCUAGUCUGUCCUAUAUGGUCGCUAGGAGUCAGAAUCGACUGGAUGGCAAUGGGUUUGGUUUGGGGUUUUUUGAAAUCUUUCCAAAAGUAGAUCACCUGGUCUUUCUCCCGGAAGUGCUGCUGGGUGUGUUCUAACCAGCAACCUUUCAGUUAGCAGCAGAGCGCUUGACUGUUGAGCCACCAGGUUCCAUUCCCUAAAGAUGACAGCCAAGAAAACCCUCUGGGGGAAUUCUACUCUGUAACACACAGGGUCGCCAUGUUGUUGUUAGGUGCCAUCGAGUUGGUUCCCACUCACAGCGACCCUAUGCACAACAAAACACUGGCAGGUCCUGCGCCAUGAGUUGGCCUCAAAUAAAACAGGUUUGGUUCUCUCACUUGCUGAUGUUCCUUAAGAAUCUGCCCGGUGCCAGGCUCUCUGCCACACACACGGGACAGGCACGGACCAUAGUAUAUCAGGGAAGAAGACUAAGAGGGUCCCUGCCCAUUGAAAAGUUGAGUGGGGAAGGCUGUAAAUGAACAAGUCAGCCAUAAAGCAAAUAAAGGGUGAUGAGAUAGCGUGGGAGCUCCUCUGAGGGGUGGUCCCGAAGGGCCUCUCUGACAGAGUGGCCUUCAGACUUUAAUCUGAGUGAUGAUGUUAAGGUGCCACUGUGCAGGAUCCCAGCAGAGAAAAGCAAGGAAUGGGCUUGGAGGAGCACAAGGAGGCUGGGGUGAGGUGGGCAUGGAAAGGGACAAGGGUGGGAAGUGAGGCCAGUCCUCUGCAGGACAAGGUAGUGACUAACCGUCCAGGUUUGCCCAGGACUGAAGGGUUUCCUGGGACACAGGGCUUUUAAUGCCAAAACUGGGACAGGCUGGGUCAAAUCUGAACAGUUGGUUGAGAUUUAACCCUUUCAAGGCCCAAUUAUUUUCGGCUUUGAAUGUUUUGUUGAUACCAUGUGUUUUCGUUAAUGGAAGCACGCUGAAUCAUUGAAUGUUGUUGAAUUUUUGGUAGGUAGUAUGGAAUUUUUUUUUUUUUUUUUUGCCCCCUCCAACAGUCCUACCCUCCAAGUCCCGGGGGACAUUUGGUGUCCCACUAAUUCUACCCUGAACCCCCUCUAGAGUCCAGAGAGAGAUACGGUGACCUAAAGAAAAAUUUUGAAAAUGUCUUACCAAAAAUGCACACACCUCAUACAACACCCUGCAGAAACAGUAAUUUGUGCCAUGCGCCUGUUUUUUCGGUUUCAGUCCUAAAGGCCCCUGCCUUGCGACAGCAUGUAUUACCAGCAGGAAAGCAGCUUCCCAACGAUCCUGAGGGGUGGAAAAAGUGGGUGGACAACCAUAUAUUCCAGCCAUCAUUCCCACAGCAUACAACUUGCCCACUUAAAGGGUACAAUUCAGAGACUUUUCCAUUCAGAGUUGCGCAUCCAUGAUCACAAUCCAUUUCAGAACAUUUGUAUUAGCCCAAGGUGUUCGGGUUUUAUCCCGAAAACAGUGGCGGCCACGGGGGAGCUGCCAGACUGCAAGGAAGUCUUACCUGGGGUGAGUCUGUACUCGUUGAGGGAGACCAGGCUCUUUGGCUCAAGAUGUCAUUGAGGACUUGGGGUUCUGGAGAGAGUGUCACUUGGGUCCUGGAUGUGGGGGGGGAGGGCACCUGGGAGAACAGCUGAGCUUGUGCAGGGCAUGUGUAAGGCAACCCAUUUACUCUGAAAAGAAACGCUUACUGGUUUUGCGAAAGGCACCUUGGGGAGGGCUUUGGGAGCGGGUGAGGUCCUCCCCAGUGGCACCCUCUCCUAGGGAGAGCCACUGCUGUAGGGGAGGGGCAGGGACUUCCUCAGAUCCUCAACUCCCUCCCCAGGGUCUAGCCUCCUGACCUGGUGGGGCGGGGGAGGGGGGCUGGUGGGUGGGUCAGAGGAGACAGCUCAGCCCACGUUUGGGUAGCCAGGGGACAGGGGACCCCAGACCUCAUUGUGUUGGCCUCAUCCCUGGGGCUGCUGUCAGGCCAAUCGCUGGGCCCUGAACUGAGCACCUAGAGCCCAGGGACAGUAAGUAGAGGGGAGGGUACCCAGGAGACCCCUUGGAAUCACUGCCAAGGAGCUGGCUCGUGGUACCUCAGGAAGGUGCAGGGAAGUUGGGGUCUUCAGGUCCAGCUGCCCUUAGCCCACCCCUGCAGAUGGCAACUGCCCUUCCAGCAGAGGCGGCCACGGGUGCCAGUGGGGGUGGGGAGCAUCUUGGGGGUCAGGUGGAAUGUCUCACUGCUUCUCACAGUGGGCUGCAGCCCCACCCCAGCUGGCCGCUCCCCGCCUGUUCACCUGUCCUCUCCCACUCCCCACUUUGGGAACACUGCCUGGCCUGCUCUACCCUGAGUCCUUGGGGUCCAACAAGGUCCAAACUCGGGUCACCCUGCCCCCUCCACUCCCCAGGCCCAGCAUGGUUCUGCAGGAACAAUUAUCUGGGUCAUCUUUAUGGGGCUUAAGCUUGGGUGGGAGCAGAUGGGCGUGCGCUAGGGAUUUGGGGCCGGGCGGGGAUCCACUCCCCCACCUCCUGGCCUUUUAAAAAGCCUUCUCAGCCACGGGGCCAGGGCAGAGGCCAGCAGGAUGGUGGAUAGAGACCAGGGGAGGGGAGCAGGGACAAUGAUGGCCCAAGAUGAGAAGGCAGAGGAUGGGGACUUGGCCCCCUGCACCCAGGCCAGCUCUCCGGACCAGGAGGGCUUCUUCAACCUGCUGAGCCACGUGCAGGGUGGCCGCAUGGAGGAGCAGCGCUGCUCGCUACAGGCAGGACCGGACCAGGCCCCAGAGACCCAGGGCGGCCCUGCGCCCGAGAUGGACAACCUGAUGGACAUGCUGGCCAGCACCCAGGGCCGCCGCAUGGACGACCAGCGUGUGACGGUCAGCACCCUGCCUGGCUUCCAGCCCCUGGGGUCCAAGGACGGGACACAGAAACGAGCUGGGACUCUCAGCCCCCAACCCCUUCUCACCCCCCAGGACCCAACUGCUCUUGGCUUCCGUCGGAACAGCAGCCCCCAGCCCCAGACACAAGCCCCCUGAGGGCCUGAGUUGUCCUGGGCCCCACUCGGCCCCUGAAAGCAAAGAAUAAAACACUUCCACAAGCAACAAAGGACUGAGUACAUGUAUUAUUGUGUGGGCCAAGGGGCUAGGGCUCGAGUACAUAAGGCCUCAAGAGUUCUGCUGGGCAGCUCGAAGGAGCUUCUCCUCCCGCUGCUGCCGUAUCCUCUCUUUGAAUUCUUCCAGCUCUUGGCGCUGGGGUGGGGUGGGGGGUGUGGGACAGGAAGGAAAGAGAGGGCACACACCUCAGGGCCUGGGACCCUCUCCUACCACCCGGUCCCCCUACCCCCCAGGCCAGGGCUUCAGAGUUCAGUGUCUAUACUAGAAGCCUCUCUCAGUUAUAACCAGGUGCCAAUAAGGAUCAAAGUCAUCCUUCAGAGAGAGGACAAUAACGGAGCCCAUGCCCCUCUGCUUUUGGUUCCCUGGUCAAGGCUGCGGGUAGUCUUUUCAUUUGAGCCCCGCCCCCUCCAUCACUUACCUGGCCGUCCUUCUCAGGUGGCCACAGCUCCCUCUGUGGGGACAAAGUCGCAGCUGGGGGCACAAGCCAGGAGCCGCCAGAGCCCCCCCACCCACACACACACAGGGCAGGGUCAGCUCAUGGAGGCAGACAAUAGCCCCCAGCAGGUGGGU